UUUCCUUAAACUUGUUGCUAAGGAAAUUCUAAAUCAAAAAGGCCAAGUCCGAUCGUUCACACAAACCAAACGACGCCGUUUUAACCACUUCACUCACCUCAACGACGUCGCCUAUAACGCCUCACGAAAUAUAUAAAUAUAUAAAUACAAAUAAUAAUUAGACAUAAAUAAUUCGUAACUCCAAAAAAUAACCUAAUUUUUUUUCUGGUGAAUUCUGAAAGAGAAAAGAGUUUGAAUCUUGAAAUGGCUAAGAGUUCUUUCAAGCUUGAACAUCCUUUGGAGAGGAGGCAGGCAGAAUCUUCUCGCAUCAGGGAGAAGUAUCCCGACAGAAUUCCGGUGAUUGUUGAGAGAGCAGAAAAGAGUGAUAUCUCUGACAUUGAUAAGAAGAAGUACCUCGUUCCAGCUGAUUUGACUGUUGGCCAAUUUGUUUACGUGGUUCGAAAGAGGAUCAAUCUCACUGCUGAGAAGGCCAUAUUUGUCUUUGUCAAGAACAUUCUGCCUCCAACUGCUGCUUUGAUGUCUGCAAUUUACGAGGAAAACAAGGAUGAAGACGGGUUCCUUUACAUGACAUACAGCGGCGAAAAUACAUUUGGGUUCGUCGAGCUCGGGAAUUAAUAUUUGAAGUUUUAACUAUCUGAAUUGUAAAUCUGCCACUUCUUUAAGUUGUUCAUGGAUGGUUUAACUGGUAGCUGACUUUUGGUUUUUUCCUCAUAAAAUGUACAGAUGACAAAUCUUUGCACUCUUAUCCAAUUUCUGUUUUAUCUUCA